GAACCAGCCCCGCCGUCGCCACCGCCUCCUGCCCCGGCCUGCCGGCAGCAUGUCAGCUGCCGGCGCCGCCUCCCUCAGGUGACACCCGCCCUUCCGCUGCCGCCGCUUCCCUUCCUAUAUGGGCCACCUGCUCUCGAAGGAGGCAAGGAGCCUAAGCCGGGAUCGCCGCCGCCCGCGGGGGAAGGUGCCGCCGCCGCCGCGCAGCCGGAACUGCUUCCUGCGCGGGCCCUGCAUGCUCUGCUUCAUCGUUCACGGCGCCAGCCCGCCCGCCCCGGAGCAGCCACUGCCCGCCGGGGAUCCGCUGCUGCCGCCGCCGCCGCCGCCCUACGUGUCGUUGACCGCCGCAGAGCAGCGCGUCGCCCGCCGCCUCCUGCGCCUGGCGCCCGCCGCCUGGGAACCUCCGGGCCGCUGCCAGCGCCUCUUCCUCUCCGGCCUGCUGCCCUCGCCGGUGCGGGGCCUCCUGGGGCCACCCGGCGAGGUCUCCUCCGAGAUGGUGUGCAAGCGCAAGGGGGCCGGGCUGCCCGCCUGCCCGCCCUGCAAGCAGCCGCGCUGCGCCGCCGCCGAGCCCGAGCCCGGCGCCUGCCAGUGCCCGACGGAGCCGCAGCUGCUCGCCCUGCCCGGCGCCGCGGGGGAGAGCGGCGGGGGCACAGCCGGGCAGAGCGGCGGGGGACAGCCCGCCUCGCCACCGCCUCCCACUCCGCAGGACGAGAAGGAGCAGGGCCGGGAGGAGGAGAAGGAGCGGGGCGGCGAGGCGGGCUGCGAGGAGCCGCUGGAGCACCCCGGCGACAGUUGCCGGGAGCUGCCGCCGCCGCCCACCCCAGACAUCAACCAGCUGCCGCCUUCCAUCCUCCUCAAGAUAUUUUCCAACUUAUCUCUGAAUGAGCGUUGCCUUUCGGUGUCAUUAGUCUGUAAAUAUUGGCGUGACCUCUGUUUAGAUUUUCAGUUUUGGAAGCAACUGGAUCUCAGUAGUCGUCAGCAGGUCACUGAUGAGCUGUUGGAAAAAAUAGCAUCAAGAAGCCAGAAUAUUACUGAAAUCAAUAUUUCUGAUUGUCGCAAUAUAUCUGAUACAGGAGUAUGCAUUUUAGCAAUUAAAUGUCCUGGGCUCUUAAGAUAUACUGCCUACAGGUGUAAACAGCUUUCUGACACCUCUAUUAUUGCAGUUGCCUCUCAGUGUCCUCUUCUUCAGAAAGUGCAUGUGGGCAAUCAAGACAGACUCACUGAUGAAGGCCUGAAGCAGCUCGGUUCAAAAUGCAGGGAAUUGAAAGACAUACAUUUUGGGCAAUGUUACAAGAUCUCAGAUGAAGGAAUGAUCAUUAUAGCUAAAGGCUGUUUGAAGCUGCAAAGAAUAUAUAUGCAAGAAAACAAAUUAGUAGGACAAAGCUGUCUGCAACAGAGAAUUACAUUUGAAUCUUCUAUUUGGAAGGUGACAGAUCAGUCAGUGAAAGCUUUUGCUGAACAUUGCCCUGAGUUGCAGUAUGUUGGUUUCAUGGGCUGCUCUGUUACUUCAAAAGGAGUCAUUCACCUUACCAAUCUAAGAAAUCUUUCAAACUUGGACCUACGUCAUAUCACAGAACUGGACAAUGAAACCGUGAUGGAAAUAGUAAAGAGAUGCAAAAACCUUAAUUCUCUCAAUCUGUGUCUGAACUGGAUCAUUAAUGACAGAUGUGUGGAGGUGAUUGCCAGAGAGGGACGGAACCUGAAAGAACUGUAUUUAGUAUCCUGUGAGAUCACAGACUAUGCCCUGAUAGCCAUUGGGAGGUACAGCAUGACAAUAGAGACGGUGGAUGUUGGGUGGUGCAAGGAGAUCACGGACCGUGGAGCCACCCAGAUUGCUCAGCGCAGCAAAUCCCUCCGAUACUUGGGACUGAUGAGAUGUGAUCGGGUGAAGGAGGCCACAGUGGAGCAGCUGGUGCAGCAAUAUCCACAUAUAACCUUCAGUACUGUGCUGCAGGAUUGCAAGAGAACACUGGAGAGAGCUUAUCAAAUGGGCUGGACACCCAAUAUGUCUUCUGGCUCCUAACCUUCUGUACCAACAUGUUCCACUCUGCUGCAUUCAGUAGAUCUAAUGGGGAUUGCAGAAGGGUUUAUAACCUUUCAUAUGAUGCAAUAUAGUUGUGAGUUUACAGAGGUUACAAUAAAAUGGCAAAAGCUGUACACUGACUUUAACGUACUGUACAACUAAAUACAAAUAUUGAAGCAAAACUUUAGAAAUGCAUUGUGGUUUUGCUUGCAUAAAAGUUAUAAAAGCCUUCGGCAAAUUUCUUGAAGUGGAUUCCUACUAGUGCUCUGGAUAGUUUGAGUUAUAGAUGUUAAGCUUGUUUUCCUCUGUUUACUUUGCCUUGGUCCUGUGUGUUUCCUUUGAUCUGUAAAUGGUAACUCAGUGCUGCACCAGUGCAGUUGAUCAACAGAGGCCUGUGUUGAAACUGGGAACUAAACGUGAUGCUUUUUAUUUACUAAAGCUAUACCAGAGGCUUUAAGAUACAGAGUAAUAAGAAAAUCUAUAGUGAAUUACCAUUUUUUUUGUCAACUCCUUCCCUUUUUUUCUUGAAAUAUAAGAAGCUGUAGUGAUAUUAAAAUCUUUCCACCUUGACAUUUUAAUAAUGAGGAACAGUGCUUACCUUAACAAUGAUAGCCAGCUACACUUCAUGAAGACAAAGAACAAGUGAACACAUCAACUAUCAGAAAUAAGUUGAUGAUGCUUAUUAUAUUUGGCUGAAAAAAUUUACUGUCUAUUUUAAAUGAACUUCUCUCCUCUGCCUAUGCUGUUCUGUUGAUGAAUUGGAAAAUUCAGAUGAAUGAGUAUAAGUCAAUAACAGGACCUCCUCUCAUUUCUUGUGUGGUUUUAUUUUAGAAUGGAUCUUCCAAUGCAAAUAGUACUUACCUUGAGAAGGCCGCCUAAACAUGAGUCCCAUAGUGGGUAUCAUUUUGUAGGAUCACAUGCUUAUUAACACAGUGUGUGGAAGAAAAUACCCAAAUUAAACAUGUAAAAUGAUUCAUUUUCUUUGUGGGACUGUUAUGGUUUAACGCCAAACAGCAACCAAGUACCACACACCUCUUUCUCACUCUCUCUCACACAUUGCAUUCUAAGGAGUUAAAUUUGAGCAGGGAAUUGUGAAAAAUACAGACAUUGCAGCUUCAAUUUGGAGUUGCCUUAACCUUUAGAGUAUUACCAUUUGGUUAAGAAUGUUGUCAGAUGUGUAACACUGGAUAUUUGUUUUUUAAAGGUUACAGCAUUUUAAUCCAAACUAUGAAAUGCUUAAGCUUCAGCUGAAAAGUUGCCAUUAUUGUCAAAAUGUUUUGCUAAUCCAGAAGGCCUAAUGCAGCAUAACGUAGAAGCUUGUUUAGUAUGGCUGUAUAACCCUGUAAAGCUAUUUGUUGAUUUCCAUAGCAUAAUUUUUUACAACAGAAACAUCAGCUCACUUUACUUCCAGUGAGGAUGUUGAAUGUUUUCUUAUUUCAAAUAACUUUUCAAAAUGGGGAUGAACUAAUUUCUCUGGAAAAAAAAAUAUAUCAUAAAGAUUUUGUUUAAAAUAAGUGGUAAAUACCUGUGAACAUGUGUAUGCUAUGCUGUUUAUUUACUCCUAAAUGGCAACAAUAUUUUAAGAAUAAAGCCAGUCAAUUAUAUUGCAGAUAUAGUACAGAAUCUUAGUCAAUUUUCUUUUAAUGUCUCUUUAUGAGUGCAUUAAAAUUAUUCACACAAUUUGUAAGUUUCUAUUUUUUUGUGAGACCUUUGAUCUUACAAUAAAUUUUAAUAAAAUAAGAAAGAUGUGAUGUUUUCUGUUUGUGUGCUGCUAACUAUACUUAGACUGUACUAACACAGAGUCUGAAAUCUCUAUUGCUGAAUAGAUAGAACUCAACUGCAGAUGAUCCUUAGUGAAUUGGCCCUGCUGUGACUGACAGUUUAACUAGAUGACAUCCACAGGUUUUUUUCCAUCUAAAAUGUAUUGUAACUCAACAGAUUUUUAAAAUAUGAUGGGUCUGGUUGGUCAUCUCUAUUUACUUCAGUCAUAUAAGUUACUUCCAGUAGUUUUGCCUUUUACUAACUAUUCAUCUCUCAGUUUUAUGAACAUACUGAUCAAUAGAUCUCACCGUGACUAAUUAAUUAUAGUUUUAUAUGGUAUGAGAACUCUAGAUUAAAAUAUGUUUUUCUAAUUGCAGUGUUUACACAGAUUGUUCCUCAAUUUCCUUAUAUAAAUGGUUUCCAAAGUAGUUUUAGAGGAAUAAAUAGUAAUUCACACUCAUCUUUGGCAUGUCAUACAGGGAAAACAUCAUUAUGGUGGAAGAAAAGCUACUGCCUCUUGUAAAAAUAAAAAUUACCCCUGUUUUCUCAUAUGCAAAACUUAGAGCUUAAAAACUCAUAGGCAGCUUCCGGACCCUAGGUCCAAAAGGCCUACUUUACUAGAAAAAAAUGUCCUUUUUUCCUUCAAAUUCUUUGUGGGAACCUGGUGUUAAGAUAGGGUAACCUGUGGCUCAGCUCUUGUCCUACCAGAAACAUUUCUUGGAUGGGCUUGUUCAGCCUGCAGGAAGGGCUAAGACAAACUCUUGAGUGUAUUCUGAAUUAAGAGGUAGGUGGUUGUAGGAGAAAGACAGAUAAUGUCUGUUUUCAUUCGUUGACUCUAAAUCCGGGUGUAAUUAUGGCUUAAAGCACAGUCAGUUCACCUGGUGGUCAUUCCACCCAUCUCUCACCACCUAAAGGCUAUGUGGAGGGGAGUGUUCACAUGCAAUUUGUCUCACCAGGGGGAAUGGCUACUGUGAUGUUUCUCAUGCAGGUUCAAAGGCACUUUGCCCAGGCUCCCAGAUUAGUGGGGAAUUUAGUGAAAUACCAAAUCCAUAAUAGCAUACCUCCCUUCUUAGUAGGUGCUCUGUGCAGUAUUAGGCACAUUGUAGGAGUCUUUGAACAUGCACAAAGUGUAUUGCUUUUAAUAAUAUCAAAACUAGUAUUGAUAUAUAGUGUAGUUGAGCCAGUUAUGCCCCAUCAGAUAGGAUGAGUCUCUUCAGGCUUACCUAUGAAUAUCCUGAUACCCCAAGUGGGAGUUUUACACCUGAGCCAGUUGUGCAAGGGAGGACACGGACAUGGUAAAAAGUUUAUCUCACCUCACAUGAUCUGCUUCCUAUCAGCCUUCUCUGUUACACGGCUCAAAACCCAGCUUGCUGCCAAAGAAAGAUUGGUUUGUUGUGGCCAUCCUUCACUGGUGGUCAUCCUCCACUCGAUCACCUCCUCUGCACAUUGGCUGCUCUUAGGCAGAUCAGAGAUUUUGCCACCACACACCUGAAAGCUCACCUCCCCUCUUCGGUUGAGGGUGCAAUCUGGCCCCAGCAAAUCACGUGCUGCUUUUGCCAGUGGCUAAUUGAGUCAUUAACCUUUAACAUUUCAGUCUCUCACACUCCCCAGCACCUGUUGGAGCAAGUCCAGAGGAGGCCACCAGGAUGAUGAGACUUUCCUCUACUUUGAGGAAAGGCUGAGAGAAUUGGGGCCAGAAUAAUAGAAAGCUUCAUGAUGAGGUAGAUCGGAGAACUUCUACAAGAUCGUGUAGUGACAGGUCAAGGGAGAUAGUUCCCAGCUGAAGGAGAGUGGGUUUAGAUUAGGUACAAGGAAGAAAUUCUUUACUGUGAGGGUGGUGAAGCAUUAGAACAGGUUGGCCAGAGCAGCUGUGGAUGCCACAUCAAUGGGGUAUCAAGGUCGAGAUGGAGUUCUGAGCAACUUGGUCUCUGCCAGUGUCAGAGGGGUUGGAACCAAGUGAUCUUUAAGGCCUGGUCUAACCCAUGAUAUUGUUUGGUUCUAUGAAAACAAGUUUUAAUCCCUUUUAAAUUGAGAAAAUAGCCCUACUAAGAAUAAGUAACAAACAGUUUUCUCAGGCUCUCAGCUGGGUUCCUUAUCACUUGGUGAUUCUUCAUAAACUGUGGUGUUGACUGAAGCAAAAUCAAGAGAAGCAGUAGGUCCCAUACACUUCAGUUUUAUGAAAACAGAAGGCCAAAGUGAGCUUUCUUCAGGUCAUGGGAUCUUGAACAAGGAAAGGAAAAGGACUUUUACAUCUAAUAAAUAAUUAGGAUAGGAUAGGAUAGGAUAGGAUAGGAUAGGAUAGGAUAGGAUAGGAUAGGAUAGGAUACAAUAUUUCUGUUGAAAGCCACAUGGAGUGACCUACUAGUCCAAUUAUCUGACAGUGCUGGGCAACAAAGGACAUCAUCCACAAGCCUUUUGAACACUGACAGGCUUGGGCCAUUGAUCAUCUGCCCAGGAAGCUUGUUCUUGUGUUUGACCACCGUCUUGAUAAAGAAAUGGUUAUUAACAAAAUAAUGCUUUGCAAAACUAUAAUGAUAAGAGCAUGCAUGAAAAGAAUAUGAUGAUACCUGACCUUGUGAACAUUCAGAUUUGUAUUUUAAAGCACGUGAGGCUUUAUGCUGCUUAUUUAUGAAAUCCCAUAUUAACAAAGAUUCACUUUAAAGCAGAUCCAUUUAAAGAGUACAUUACAAUAAAAUAUUUAAAACAGUGUUAA